AGAAAACGGCACUGAAAUUUAAAUUUUCAUUUGGCGCCAAAAAUGCGUAAUCAGUUAGCUCAAGCACAGUUCAACCAACUAGAUUGAAGUAGCUAAGAUUUAAUUGAAUUUUUUUAAUAUAAAAUUUUUCAACUAAAAUGGAUGUUGCUGACCCAACUAUUGGCAUACCACGUGUUAAGGAUGAGUUGGCUGAAAGAUGUCAAAAAUUGUUUCAAGACUUUUUGGAAGAGUAUAAAGAUGAUGAUGGUGACUUAAAGUAUUUAGCUGAAGCUCAAGAACUUAUUCGCCCUGAAAGAAAUACACUUGUAAUAAGUUUUCAUGACUUAGAAAAGUACAAAUCAGAGUUGGCUACCACUAUUCAAGAAGAAUAUUAUCGAGUCUUCCCAUAUUUAUGUCGCGCAGUUCGUAAUUUCGCACGAGAUCGAGGUGAAGUUCCCUUAACAAAAGAGUUUUAUGUAAGCUUCAUAGAUUUACCAACAAGACACAAAGUUCGUGAAUUGUCAACCACAAAAAUUGGAUCUUUGUUGCGUAUAAGUGGACAAGUUGUUCGUACACAUCCUGUUCAUCCUGAAUUAGUAAGUGGAACAUUUACAUGCUUGGAUUGCCGCACUGUGAUUAAAGAUGUUGAACAACAGUUCAAGUAUACUCAGCCAUCAGUAUGCAAAAAUCCUGUUUGUCAGAAUAGACAGCGCUUUCAAUUAGAUCUUGAUAAAUCACGUUUUGUUGAUUUUCAAAAAGUAAGAAUACAAGAAACUCAAUCAGAACUUCCACAUGGUUGCAUACCUAGAAGUGUUGAAGUAAUUUUACGAGCUGAAGCUGUUGAGCAUGCUCAAGCUGGAGAUAAAUGUGAUUUUACAGGAACUUUAAUUGUUGUCCCUGAUGUUGCUCAAAUCAACAUGCCUGGUUCUAAAGCAGAAACUCGAGGAAAUCGUGGAAAAAGUGGUGGUGAUAUAGAAGGUGUCAGAGGCCUAAAAUCUCUUGGAGUUCGAGAUUUAACAUAUCGUCUUGCAUUUUUGGCAUGCAGUGUUACUCCAACUAAUCCUCGUUUUGGAGGAAAAGACUUAUCUGCUGAGGAUAUGACUGCAGAAGCUAUUAAAAAGCAAAUGACAGAACAAGAGUGGCAUAAAAUUUAUGAGAUGAGUCAAGAUAAAAGUUUGUAUCAUAAUCUCAUCACCAGCAUGUUUCCAACAAUUCAUGGUAGUGAUGAAGUUAAACGUGGAGUUUUACUAAUGCUAUUUGGAGGUGUGGCUAAAAGAACAAUAGAAGGUACUUCUCUAAGAGGUGAUAUUAACGUGUGUGUUGUGGGUGAUCCUAGUACUGCAAAAAGUCAGUUUUUAAAACAAGUUGAGUCUUUCUCUCCUCGAGCAGUUUACACAUCUGGUAAAGCAAGUUCUGCAGCAGGUCUUACUGCUGCAGUUGUCAAAGAUGAAGAAUCAAAUGAGUUUGUUAUAGAAGCUGGAGCCCUAAUGUUGGCAGAUAAUGGGGUAUGUUGUAUUGAUGAGUUUGAUAAGAUGGAUCCUAGAGACCAAGUUGCUAUUCAUGAGGCAAUGGAGCAGCAAACUAUUUCCAUUACUAAAGCUGGUGUCAAGGCAACAUUAAACGCUCGUACUUCAAUUUUAGCUGCAGCUAAUCCUAUUGGUGGGCGUUAUGAUCGUACUAAAUCUUUAAAACAGAAUAUUACUUUGACAGCUCCAAUCAUGUCUCGCUUUGACCUUUUUUUUAUUUUGGUGGAUGAAUGUAACGAAGUUAUUGACUAUGCUAUUGCACGCAGAAUUGUAGAUUUGCAUAGUCGAAAUGAAGCAUCUGUUGUAAGGGUAUACUCAGUAGAUGAAGUGCAAAGAUAUUUAGCAUUUGCUCGCUUAUUCAAACCUAAAAUUUCUAAAGAAGCUCAGGAUUUUUUGGUAGUUCAAUAUAAAAGUUUAAGACAACGUGAUAGCUCUGGUAUAGCUAAAUCUGCUUGGCGUAUAACUGUUCGUCAACUUGAGAGCAUGAUACGGCUAUCUGAAGCAUUAGCAAGAUUACAUUGCAUGGACAUGGUAACUGCAAAACAUGUAAAAGAAGCUUAUAGAUUAUUAAAUAAGUCUAUAAUUCGUGUUGAAACUCCUGACAUUCAAUUUGGUGAGGAGGAGGAUAGAGAAUUACAAAGUGCAGAGGUAGAUAUUGCACCUGUCACUAAUAAUGAAGAAAAUGAUAAGGAAAAUGAGUCUGCUAUGGAAACUGCAUCUAAAUCAAUUCAUAAAAAAUUAAAGUUGAGUUAUGAAAAGUACAGAACUAUUGCUAAUACCAUAGUAAUGUUUAUGAGACAAGAAGAAGAUAGAUCAAUAACUGAAGAGGAAGGUGGUUUACGUCGUGCGGAUGUCGUUAACUGGUACUUGAAAGAUAAAGAGGAUGAGAUUGAUACUGAAGCUGAGCUUAUUGAACAAACAUUUCUCAUAAAUAAAAUUUUGGACAGGCUUAUAAAUAAUGAUGGAGUUUUAUUGGCAUUGAAAGAUCCCAGAAUAACAGAAGAAGAUUUUAAGCCUGCAGAUGACGAAGAAUCAAAUCCUUAUAUUGUUGUGCAUCCGAAUUAUAUAAUAGAGGAAUGAGUUAGUUGUUGGGAUUUAACAUUUAAUUUCUUAGUUGUUGAACAACACUAGGAUAAUAAAUUGUGACGCAAGACGUUUAGUAAUUUAACAUUUUUGCUUUGUUUAUAUGUGUAGCAUAAUCAAGGGGUAUAUGGGUAAUAUUUUUAUUUAACUUUUUGUAAAUAUGUUAGGUUUAAAGUGAAACGCCUGAACAUCUCUUUUCUAAUAUCUAAACGUUGCAAACUA